GCAAUUAUUGACAUAUGAAGUGACAUUUGCUACCAUUUGCUGUUUGCUACUUGUAAACAUUUGUCAACACGUAUGUUAGAUUUUUGAGUGCGAAUCAAGUAAUAAUAUGGCAGAAUUAGAAGAAGUUCCCACUGACGAAUUACUAUUAUUUCAUGAUUUUCCGACAACACAUAAUACUACAGCUUCUGCUAUACCACAGUAUAUAAACACAGACACUGCUAAUAUACCAAAUUAUGAUGAGUUUGCUGAAGGAAAAGGCAAUUCUAAUGACUCAAAUGAUAGCAUAGAUCAACCAAAUGCAACGAAAUCAUUUUGGACAAUGGAAUAUUUCCAACAGUUUUUCAAUGUGGAUACAAGGGAUGUGCAUAUGAGAAUAAUAGGAUCAAUUCUGCCAACGAAUAACAGCACACUGAGGACUGAAAUGAGGGAAAGACCAGAUCUGUAUGGACCAUUUUGGAUAUGCAUCACGUUGAUCUUUGCAAUCGCUGUCAGUGGUAAUAUUGCUGAUUAUCUUCAGUACACGAAAGCGGAAUGGAAGUACGACUUUCACAUUGUCACUUAUGCAGCGACUGCCAUAUUCAUGUACAUAACUUUGAUUCCAUUAUGCCUAUGGGCUACAAUGAAAUGGAGCAUUAAGAGCAUCAAUAUCGAUGAUUUCCCAGAGCAGAUGCCAAAUGUAUUAGAAUUAAUAUGCAUUUACGGUUACUCCCUAUUCAUUUACAUUCCAGCUUCAGUUCUGUGGACCAUACAAGUCAAUUGGUUGCAGUGGUUGUUGGUCAUGGUAUCUGCUAUACUUUCAGGCUCUGUGUUACUUCUAUCAUUAUCCAACAUUCUUAAAUUAUCCAAACAUAAGAUCGUUUUAAGUUUACUUAUUGUAGGUUUUCAUUUAUUACUGGCUGCCGGUUUCAUGUUGUACUUCUUCCAUGCACCUUCUUCUUCUUCUUCAACAACACUUGUUCCAAUUACAAUGGACAAAAUCAUAAAUAUUCCUAAAAAUGUAUCAGAGUCACAUAAAUAAAAAGUGUAUUCCUAUA